UCGAAGCCUUUGCGACCAUAGAGAGAGCUUCGGCUUGAAUCGGCGGAGGAAGCAGCGAUCUUCUUUCUCGCGAAUCCACCGAGCAGUACACCCGAGGCCGUCGUGAAGAGCACCUGCAGUCGCUCCUUCCGAACCACCGGCUUCAAAGGACUGGUUUUUCAGCGGGCACCAAUCAGCAGGGUUCUUGGAUUGGGGGGAUCUUCGGCGGAACACGAGGGUCGUUUCUGGAUUUUAUUGAAAGAUACCGGCCUAGGUCGAGGCGUGAAGGUGAUCCUCGGGAUUGCGUGGCCUUUUGGGACUCGGACCCAACUCGAUCUGCUUCAAGGUGACUUCUUCUCAAACACUGAAACCCGUCACAGUUCAUCUUUGAAUCGCUCCUGGAGAACAAUUCGGAACUAUUGUCAUCGCUUGCUUGCUUUGAUCUUUUCCCUCUUGAAAGUUUUCACUCGGGCUUGUUUAAGGUCUCCUCUCUCCAAUCUUGCACCUCUCUUUGCAUCUCAGCUCACGGAAGGUAAUUGCUUUUUCAUGUCUUAUUAGCGUGUCGUUUCUAUUGAUUCGUCGCUUUGUUAUUGGAAUAAUCGGCUGAACUAAGUGCGUUCUGGGCCCCUUUUUGUCAAUUGGGGAUGUGGGGUGGCCACUAAAUAGCAAAGGAGGGUCUUUUAUUCUCUCUCUGGAGUCGUCGUUACCUGUUAACGAGUGAAACGACGUCAGCUAACUCAACUGAGGGCUGUGUUGUCAUUACCUUUCUCAAGAACACGAACCUCCUUCAGCAUUGCCUUGGGGAGAAAUUAACGUACAAAUUAUUUGGAGUGGACCAAGCCAGCAAGCAUUUGCAAAAAAGAAUCCUAAAAGCGUCUUUCGCUGUUCAUCGAUCCUUUUAAGCAGUAGAAAAAGCAUCUUUCGUUUCAACUUUCCCCUUAGAUUGCCAUGGACAGAGGGCAAAGUCAGGGAAAGAGAGAGAGAGCAGAGGAAGAGAGCAUUGAGGGAGCAUCCACUUUUUCGUUCAUCUCUCCGGUACCCAUAGAUGUAUAUAAUGGUCAAUACGACGUGUUCUUGAGCUUUAGAGGCUCAGAUACCCGCAAGGCAUUCACCGAUCACCUCUAUCACAGUCUGAUCAAGGCAGGGACGGUACCGAUUUGCGUGUUCAGGGAUGACAAUAGCAUCCCAAUUGGCGAGGAAUUUGGUUCACAGAUUCUUGAUGCUAUCACACGGUCUAAAAUUUCGAUUCUCAUCAUCUCGGAAAAUUAUGCUUCGAGCAAAUGGUGCCUCCGUGAGCUCACUCAUAUCAUGGAUUGCAAGAAGAGAACAUCACACAUGGCCUUGCCCAUCUUUUACAAAGUGGACCCAUCAGAUGUGCGGUAUCUAAAAGGAAGUUUUGGGGAGGCCUUCCAUUCGCGUAAGAAGCGUUUUGAUGAGAAGGACAUUCAGGAAGGGCUGCAAGCACUUAGAGAAGUGAGUGACUUACAUGGAUGGGAAUCUGAGAAAUUUGCUAACGGGCAUGAAGGAGAAUUAGUGGAAAAAGUGGUUGAAAAUAUUCUGAGCAAGUUGCGACAAGAUUUUCAGCUUGAUGUUACUAAGCACUUGGUUGGAAUUGGGUAUCAUGUGAACAAAAUUAGGAAAUGGGUAGACACUCCUACCGUGUUGCUCGAAUGAUUGGAAUCUAUGGCAUGGGUGGGAUUGGAAAAACAACUCUUGCCAAGGUAAUCUACAACCAGCUGUCAAAUGACUUUGUGCAUCGUAGCUUCCUUGCUGAUAUUCGAGAAACAGCUCACCGCAACAAUAUGCCUUAUCUACAAAAACAACUAAUUAAGGAUGUACUUCAAAUUGAACAUCAGGUUGGGAAUGUUGAUUAUGGAAUUAGUUUGAUCAAAUCUAGAUUCAAACAAAAAAAGGUUCUCCUUCUUCUAGAUGAUAUAGAUGACAAGAAUCAACUAGAUGCGUUGGCUAGGGAACGUGAUUGGUUUGUGCCAGGAAGUGUGAUCAUUGUUACAACUAGAAAUGAAGCCGUUCUUGAUCAAUCUGAAUUUGAGGUAGACUACAAGUAUAAAUUGAAUGAACUGAAUAGAGAAUGUGCUUUGCUUCUAUUUAACAGACACGCAUUUCAUAUGGACCAUUUUCCGGGGGACUUUAGGGGAAUAUCUUGUGAUAUCAUAUCCACCAUGGGUGGGCUUCCCUUGGCACUUCAAGUCGUAGGUUCAUACUUGUAUAAAAAAAAAUCGAACUGUAUGGGAAGAUGUGCAGAAGCAAUUGAAAAACCAACCAAACAGAGAUGUCCAAAAAAUAUUACAGAUAAGUUAUGAUGCAUUAGAAGAUGGACAAAAGCAGAUUUUUCUCGAUAUUGUUUGUUUCUUUAUUUACAAAACGAGCGGAUACGCCAUGUACAUGUGGGAGGACUAUGGGUUUUAUCCAAGUCAAGGUAUUGAAGAGUUGAAGUUGAGGUGCUUAAUUAAAAUCGGAGAUCAUGGUGAAUUUCUAGUGCAUGAUCAACUAAGAGAUCUUGGAAGGAGCAUUUUUUGCCAAGGACAACCGCUUGAGAAACGUAGUGGACCAUGGGACGACGACUACAAGGGAGUCCCAAAAGUACUAGAAAUCAAUGCACAGGGACGCCCCGCCUGGUUCCCCUCCAGGUCCCCCUCCUGGUUCCGCAAAAUUUUGUGGAGACACCUCUCUUGUUUCCGUUUCCGUGACAAUUUGCGGGCAGCUGCAAGCGGAACCUCCAACGACGAACUCCUUUCUGAAGUGAGAUGGCUUAAGUGGAGGAUCGUGCAAAGCGACUUGUCUCCUUCAAUGCAUCUAUCGAAUUUAUCAAUACUGGAUUUAUAUGGGUGCGAGAUUGGAGAGUAUUGGCAAGGAUGGAGGUCAUUCAUGGCGUCAAAGCGGCUUAAAGUUCUCAAGCUUGAAAAUUGCCAUAAUUUAAGACGUACUCCUGAUCUCUCGGUUUUCACACAGUUGAAGAUUCUCAUAUUAUGGAAUUGUGAGAAACUGAAGCACCUCCACCCUUCUAUUGGCAAACUCACGAGCCUCGUUUCCUUGAACUUGCUAAUGUGUAAAAGACUCAAGGAACUACCAGAGGAGAUGGACGAAUUAAAAGAUUUAGAAGAACUUUUUUUAUGUAAUUCUAGUAUUAUAAAGAUUCCUAUGUCUAUUGGUUCUUUAAGGAAGCUGAAGACAGUGUGCACCGCAUCUUACAAAAAAGACCAUCUUUGGGAAAGGGAAAUUUUCCAUCUCAAUGGCACAUCGAUAUUUAACCAGCCAGAAAGCAUUUUUGCCCAUCACCUUUGCCGAAGGGGUAACGACAAGCUCAGGUCAGUGCUAGAGCUUCCUUCUUCUCUCCAAUGCCUUGACCUAAGGGGUAGCAACAAGCUCCAGUCAUUGCCAGAGCUUCCUUCUUCUCUCCAACACCUUCUCCUACAGGGCUGUAAGGAGCUUCGGUCACUGCCAAAGCUUCCUUCUUCUCUCCAAAGUCUUGACCUACAGAAAUGUGAGGAGCUCCGAUCGCUGCCGAGCUUCCUUCGUCUCUCUCGGUCGCUGCCAAAGCUUCCUUCUUCUUGCCAAAGCCUUGACCUAAGGGGCUGUAGGAAGCUCCAAUUGCUACCAGAGCUUCCUUCGUCUCUCCAAAUGCUUGACCUAUUUUUCUGUCUGGAGCUCCAGUCGCUGCCAGAGCUUCCUUCUUCUCUCCAAUACCUUGACCUAAGGGCUGUGAGGAGCUCCGGUCGCUGCCAGAGCUUCCUUCUUCUCUCCAACACCUUGACCUAGGGGAUUGUAAGGAGCUCCGGUCGCUGCCAAAGCUUCCUUCUUCUCUCCAACACCUUGACCUAGGGGAAUGUAAGGAGCUCCAGUCGCUGCCAGAGCUUCCUUCUUCUCUCCAACACCUUAAACUAAAGGGUUGUAAGAAGGUCCGGUCACUUCCAAAGCUUCCUUCUUCUCUCCAAAGCCUUGACCUAAUGGGCUGUGAGGAGCUUCGGUCACUGCCAGAGCUUCCUUCUUCUCUCCAAAAUCUUUACCUAUUGCGUUGUAAGGAGCUCCGGUCACUGCCAGAGCUUCCUUCGUCUCUCAAAUCCCUUGAAUUACCGGGUUGUAAUGAGCUCCGGUCGCUGCCAGAGCUUCCUGCGGGCUUACGAUAUCUGCGCGUCACUUGUCCGAGUCUUGGACUGCAACAGCUUCUUAGCCACAAGGUCGUCAUCCACCUAGAAAAACUCAAUUUUCAGGUACUCGAUUAUCCUGAAGACAUCGACAAGCUUUCCUCAAUGCCACUGAAACUCUGUUUUGAGGAGUGGGAUAAGCUGACAUCACUUAGGUUCGACAUGCUCAUGCACUUUAAAAAGCUUUCAAUAAAAAAGUGCAGUUCCUUGGAGUUCAUAUCUUUAAAGGACUGCAAUUCCAUUGAAAGGCUUCGCUGUCUAGAAUUACCGUGUUUGAAGGAAUUAAAGGCUGUUAAGUGCUGCCGUCUAGUCAAAAUUGAAGGUCUUGACGGUGUCAAGUUCUUAGAAAAUUUGGAUUUUGGGAAUUGCAAAUCAAUGGAGACUUUGCCAGAUUUGACAGGAUGCGAAAAGUUACGAUCUCUAAGAGUUCAAAACUGCAAGAAACUUACUCAGCUUCAAGGACUUGAAAUGUUGAAUUUAAUUCAUUUGGAUAUUUCCGGUUGUGACUCAUUGGAAGCAAUACCAAAAUUAUUUGGAACGUGCAUCUUUAGAAAUUAUGAACCGUUUUGAGUUCUCUAUGGAAAUAUUAUCUUGCAGUGAUAAUGAUGUGAGGAAUCUUAUACCCAUAUUACAACAGUGAGACUAGUCAUGUUUCUUCAACGAAGGAUUCUAUAAUAUCCUAAAUUGCGGGUCUCGCACAAUUGAAGGAGUGGAGGAGUUGGUCAUAAAAGCUCACAUGAUGGUUCAGCCAAGAUCAAAAUGCAGACCCAAAUGUCAAUAGAAGGCAUAGUAAGAUUCUUCAUCCUUGAACUGCCAGCGUGAGCAAAUAAAGUAAUACUUUUCUCGAAGCUCUAUUUUUUUCGAAUGAUUUGCUCCACACUGGAUAUCUAUUUGAUUGAUUUUGGAAACUCUGGAUUUGCCUCUGUAUAAUUAUUGUUGAUUACGUUAUAGCAAUGUUUUUCAUUUAUCUUUCCAUUGACAACUUUUGUAAGGCUACAAAACAGAUAGUAGCUUGUGAGGCAAGAAUGAAAAUAUCAACAAAGGUUUGGUUGGUCUAUAUAACAAUCUAGGCUUACUUUGGGACUUCAAUUCAAUCAACUGUAUCGAUGACCUUCAGCAUUAAAGGACAAUUUUCUGCCUGUCUGUGAACCAAGCUGGGAUGAGGAGCUCAAGAAUUUGCUAAUUAGUUUGUAUCCCGUUUGAUCCUAUUGUUGUCAUGCAAUUGUUUUAUCACAUGACUGAUUUGGGUGUGGCUAAGUGGCUGAGGAACUUCAAAUUCCAUACUUGAGACCGAUCAUAAUAAAGAAAAGGGAUUUUGUAGAGGAAGCAUCAGAAGCAGCUGAGGAC